UUCCUUCGCUGCCCACGUGCACAUGUGUGCUUCCUGAAGUUCCUAUCUGUUGUGAAAUAUAUGCAUUAAAUAACGUUAGCAGUGAAAGAAGUGACAUAAGUGCUUGACAGUAAGUGACAGACGGUGACGAUGGGUAAGAAGAAGCAGGGCAAUGCUAUAGGUAGAGGCAUAAUCAAGGACAGGUUCGGGCCAGGGAAGAGGACUGUUGGGGACAACAGUUUUUUACACACAAGUGAACUGAAUGAUGGUUAUGACUGGGGCAGGUUGAACCUGCAGUCAGUGACCGAACAGUCCCACCUGGAUGAAUUCCUCAGCACAGCACAGUUGGCGGGCACAGAGUUUACUGCAGAAAAGCUGAACAUUAAGUUUGUGGACCCCCAAAGAGCUGCAACUCUCUCGGAGGAGGAGAAGAAGAGGAUCCGAGAAGCUCAAGAUGAACAUCGAAGUCUGCUGAGGAUUCCGCGAAGGCCUAAGUGGGAUGAGAGCACUACCGCUGAGCAGCUUGACCUACGAGAGAGAGAUGCCUUCCUGGAAUGGAGGAGAAAUCUUGCUAGCCUACAAGAUGUGGAGCACAUAGUGAUGACGCCGUAUGAGAAGAACCUGGAUUUCUGGCGACAGCUGUGGCGUGUUAUAGAGAGGAGCGAUGUUGUUGUCCAGAUCGUAGAUGCACGGAGCCCUCUGCUGUUCCGAUGUGAGGACAUUGAGAGCUAUGUGAGGGAGGUGGGCAGUACGAAGGUCAACCUGCUGCUUGUCAACAAGGCCGACUACCUGACUGAGGAACAGAGGCAGCAUUGGGUGGAUUAUUUCACGUCCCAGAAUGUGCGAGUUGUGUUCUGGUCAGCCUUACAGGAAGCCAACAGACAGAAGGAAGAAGCCAAACAGGAGGAAGAGGGUGAUGUUGCUGUGGACACUGAUAGUGAUGAUCCUCAGGGCAUGGAGUGUGAAAACACACAGUCUGAGAACAGUGAGCCUAGCUCUGAAACACAGAAUAGGCUAAGUGACAACUCAAAUGUAGAUACGGACCAAACGGGUUCACCACGCCUUCACAGUGAGGCAGGCAGUGAGAACGUGGACAGUGGUAAGGGAGAUAACUCCUGUAGUGCGGACGUGUCCCGGUUUAAUUCCGCCAGUAUUGUGAGCGGCCCGGACUUGCUGGAUAUACUGAGGAACCUUCACACUGGAGACAAGUACAAGGCUGAUGUCACGACUGUAGGCAUGAUCGGCUACCCCAAUGUUGGUAAGAGUUCUACAAUCAACGCCAUCCUGCAGAUGAAGAAGGUGCCAGUGUCCGCUACUCCCGGCCGGACCAAGCACUUCCAGACACUGUUUGUCGAGCCGACAUUGAUGUUGUGUGACUGUCCAGGACUCGUCUUCCCGUCUUUUGUGUCCACCAAGGCUGACCUGGUCGUCAACGGAAUUCUGCCCAUCGAUCAGAUGCGUGACCACGUACCGCCAGUUUCUCUCAUCUGUGAACGCAUCCCACGGAGGACACUGGAGACAAUGUACAGCAUCAACAUUCCACUGCCUGAGUCAGAAGAUGUUGAUGAAAACAUCCAGCCUACAGCACAUGAACUUCUCAAUGCAUAUGGGUUGAUGCGUGGCUACAUGACCUCCAACGGCCUCCCUGACUGCCCCAGAUCAUCAAGAUACAUCCUGAAGGAUUAUGUCAAUGGGAGACUGUUGUACUGUCACCCCCCGCCCGGUCUGGAUGCUGCACACUUCCAAGCCACACCCACCCUGGAGGAAGGCGGAGUCGCCCACCCUGGGGGGCAGGAGGAUCUCACGCUGAAGGCCAAAGCUCCACACACUACAUCUCUAGAUAAGGAGUUCUUUGCCAAGGCCAAAAUGUCUGCCCACUCGAAAGGUACUCAUGGAGUGUCCAAGUACAUCCGCACCGAAGGACUCCAGCAGGUGUCAGCAGAGUCAUCACAAAGCUCCACCCCUUUCAGCAGCCAGACAUCAAUCAAUACGAAACCAUGGAAACGACACAAUAACAAACACAAGAAAGAAAAACUGAGAAGAAUACAUUCGGAUCACGACAAAUGAAAUUCUCUUCAGAUCUUUAACCAUGCUUCAUGAUAUCAUGUCUUUCAUUUUGAGCGUAACACUGUUGUACAUUGCAGUAAUGUAAUGGAGUGGUUUAAACAAGUAUUUACCCGGACAUGAAGAUCUGUACUGUGCCAUUGCUUCAAGGGGCAAAGGUGGCGGCCCUCUUUCAGGUGCCUAAACUCACUGUUUAGUUUUGAGAUUUGCAGAUGCCUGGGUUCGAUUCCCGACAUGGGUACAAUGUGUGAAACCCAUUUCUGGUGUCUCCCGCAGUGAUAUUGCUGGAAUAUUGCUAAAAGCGUCGUAAAACCAUACUCACUCACUCAGCUAAAGUACAAAUUUCUGUUGUCUGGAAAGUUAUGUAUAGAAGAUAAAAAAUGAUUGCUCAUGCUAUCAACCACUCGUUUGUCUGGUGCAGAGUGGAUUACAGUGAUGUUAUGGCUGGCAUAUCGCUGACUUCUGCAUGAGACAACAUUCUCUCACUCAUUUGUAAGGUAGCCCGAAUUGGUUAUGGUGUAUCUCAUACAGUCGACUCUGUGCAAUCCGACACUGGUUGGGACAGGGAGGAAAUUAUACAAUAUUUGUAGAUGUACAUUAAUCCUGGUUAAUUGAGAGUUUAUUGAAGGUUGUAGGGUACAUGACCGUAGAUAAGCUGAAUAUUGAGGACCAGAAAAAGAGUUCUAUCGAAAGGGGUUGGCUUAUGUAAAGGUUGUGGAACAGGGCAAAUGGAAGUGUCGGAGGGACAUACAAUUUCGCCAAAAUUAAUGAAAAUAUUAUUGAAUGAAAUUUUGAUAUUAAUAAAAUAGAUUACAAUCAUGAGUCAAGAUAUACAAUGAAUGUAAUUCAAUAUGGAUUUGUUGAUAUUCUAUUUCCAAUGAUGGAUCAUGCUAAGACGUAGGUUUGAGGUCCGGAUGAUGUACCACACUUAACAUUUUGAUACAGAUUUCUAUGGUCAUACGGCAUGCUAAGUAAACAUGGUCCCUUAUGAAUACAACAAGAAGAACACAACCAUAAUUGAGUGUUUAUUGGUGGUUGAUGUCAGAUUUGCUCAUGGAACAACAAAAGAGUUUUGUUAUGACGGUAAUACUGUGUGAACUGAACGGGUAGUGCUUCAUCACAUCUUGUACAGUGUUGCUCGUGAAAUUGUAAUAUAUGAAAUAAAAUAUGUAAUGAAGAGAAGCAAAAUGA